CGACUUUUGUUAGUUACUUUACUGCGCGUCAGUCAACUAACUGUGUGAAACUUGCAGUACCGAAUUUUAUAGUUAACAAUAUUUAUGGGCAUAAAUUAUAUUCUAGGCAUUGAUGUCCAUAUAUUUUGCGUUUGUAAUGAUUAAUGCCGAUAUUCUAUAAAUGCACUCAGUGUAAGCAGUGAUUAUUAAAUUAAUCUAGAAGACGUACUAAAUAUUAUGAACAUUAUUGUGUUAACGAUAUAUUUUAUUUAUGUUUACAAUGUAAUGGCUAAUGAUUACGACGACGAUGAGAAAUUAUUCAUGAUGGUAUCACCAGAUCAACAUCAACGCACACCUCGACUGGAGGAUUUCUUCUGGACGGGCUCUGGUGAUGGACCACCGGCGCCUGAAGCUGAAGUGUCAGUGCCCUCAAAGCCAUCCACUCCACUUGUACGCACAACUACUGUGCUCGCAACGGUUUAUUUGGACUCCUAUCCACCACAGGCGGUGACAGACAAAACAACUGGAGAUUGCGUCAUGAAUUGUGGAGAACCAGUCAUACCGGACAGUUUGGAACCAGAGAUUCCAGAAGACCGAAGAUAUUGGCUUUUAACUGUCAUUCAGGGUUCAACACCAGAUAGUCUUCACAUGAGACUAGCACGAUUGUAUCAGAAGGCAUUCUUGAGACAACAAGAAAGACAUCUAGGUAUAAUUAAAUCUUUAGAUGCACCGACAGCACGAAAGAAACACGACGUUCAUUCCUUUAUUGUUCACAAAGAAAAUAACAAGAUCUCUGAAAACGGAACACCUUUCAAAUAUUUUGGAGUCAACAGCACAGUUUCUUCGGUUAAGUCCAUGUCCGUAGUUCCUACAACAAAAAUAGUUGAUCAAAAUUCUAGCUCUUUAACUCCAAAAUUUUAUGAAGCCAUCGAAAUGUACCCUCUCAACAAUAUAGAUACUGUUAUUCGUAUUGAACCCACAAAAAUAGAUGAAGCAGAUUGGAUUUUGGCCACACCAACAAUCACUCUCAAUAAGAGAGAAAUCUCAGAUCAUAAUGAACUGGAAGUAAUUAAAGAGGACUUAAUAGAUAUACCUCUAGAGAGCGAAGCAAAUGAGACGAUUUUGUUUAAGAGAGAAAUCAUACAUCCAGAUCAACAGCCACCGGUGCGAGUUCACAUACAAAACAUAACUGAGUCUCCAGACUCUGGAACGAUACAAAUCGUGUAUGUUGUGCUGGUCGGAGGUCGGGCGGUACCCGCAGCCGUAGCGGCCAGGGAUAUGAGACUGGUGAGAGACGCCGAAGUGGCGCGGGAGCUUGGCGCAGUUGUCACCACGAAAGCUGAGCCAGCAUAUCUGAAGGCGGCUGAAGGUUUGGAGGGAGAGGCAGACGCAGGCGGAGUCCGUGGCUCUGAGCUCUGGGCCUUGGCAGUAGGUUCUACUAUAGCACUGCUAUUGGUUCUCAUAUUGCUGGCGCUACUGUGUUUUGCGCACAGGAAAAAGCAAAUCAAGUCUGCAGCCUCACUCCGGGCCUAUCGGGAUGAGUUAAUGAGAGAGGCAGAGAGGAAGCAGCUCAAGCAAGUGCACGAAGAGAGGGACGGGAAGCUUAUAAGCGUAGUGUCCCCGAGCAGAACCAGACCUAGUAGCAGUCUUCUGCCGAUCUAUAGAGCCGCCAGUGCAUCCAGUUCGUCAACGACAUCAUCGGGGGUGUCGGAAGUGGCCGCGGCACUUCGAAGGCGGCAGAAGAAGCCACACGCUUUGAGGAUGCCGCAGAAGAGACGAGUGGGCACAACAGACAGUCUGCUGGAGGCUGCGGGCGUGGAGAGCUCCGACAGUGGACAGCCGUCAGCUCCUCCAACCCCCACUUCGUAUCUGUCCAUGCCCUCUGUCAGCUCCUUCCCCAGAGGGAAUAUAGUAGAGCCUCUCUCUAAAAUCUUGGAGCCUGUAUCAGUCCGGCAUCUAGACAUAGAUUCUCCCAUCUCCACUCCAAAAAAGAGAGAACCGAGCAACCAAGAGGUGGUGCCCAGAAGACAGAUGCCUUCACAGCUGGUCAGGCUCGGAAGCAUUGACAAAGACCCUGGCGUCAUAGGACCUCUGGUCUGGGACUUACAUUGCCAGAGAAUAAAAGAUGUUUCAAAGCCGUCAUCUCCAACGAGACCUUCGCCUCGGAGAGAAGCAGGAGCUUCCAAAAUGCGGCAGCGCUUCAACGAGCUCAUGGACGACGCCUUCACGUUGUUCGGCAGCGCGGCCCCCAGCCCCGCCCCCCGGGACUCCGCCUCUAUCGACAUGGACAACGACCACAAGAGAUCCGUUGUCUCGGGAGUGACGCAGGCGCACAACCAUGACGUCCGGCUCCCGGGCUCCGACACCGGCCGGGGGCACUCCGCGGGGACCGGGAGGGUCAGCGGGAGUGUUUUGUCGAUGGAAUGCCUACGCCCUAGAACUACGGCGGCGAGGCCGCAACAGCGUAGGGCUCCGCCCCCGGCCUCUGCUUGGGGACCAACAACAUCUAUAGGAGCGUCGGUCCCUGUGGUGAACCCUGGUUUGGUGGCGACGGACGGCCGCCUGCCCCCGGAGGACCCCGCGGUGCCGCUCAUAUCCGCCAUCAAGACGGAGAUACAGCGCAUCAGAGACAACGCCACCAAACUUUAAAUCCCUUCGGAUCAGUAAAUAUGGUGAAACUUAAUUCACACUCUAGAGUUGAGUAGAUAUUUCAUUAGUAAAAUUUGUUACUGUUAAAGUAGCUUUUUUAGAAGUUUUUCAUCAUGGGUUUAAGUUAUUAGGUAAUUAAAUGUAUCAUGUAUGUAUGUGAAGGAAAAGCUUUUUUUUUGUAUUUUUUGUAUAAAUCCUUUUUAGGUUUUUUUCUCAUUCUUUAUU